UACGAUAGAUUAGAAACUUUUUAAAAUAUUUAUAUCGGGUCUUAUCUUGAGAAGUUAUUUAAUAUCAAUGUCAACCACAUAUAAUUUAAUGUAUCGAAUCAGUCGUGUUUUCCUCCGUCAGAAAGCGGCAAGAUGGCGGCCCCUGGCAAACAGUAUGGGCUGAUCCUGUCCCAGAAAAAGUCAUUGACAAAGAACGCCACUCUGCAGAGACCCUCAGUGUUUGGGGAUGACUCUGAUGAUGAGACAACUGUUGGGGAGAGUCUGCAGAAGGAAGCUGUUAAGAAGAGGAGUAUGAAGCAGACGCGUCUAGAGAUGCAGAAGGCCUUGGAGCAGGACAGCACCGUGUACGACUACGACGGCGUGUACGACGACAUCCAGAACCAGAGGCUAGAGAGCAGCAAGAAGAUCCUGGGAGGAACGGAUAGAAAGCCCAAGUACAUCAACCAGCUGAUGAAGGCUGUGGAGGAGCGGAAGAAGGAGCAGGAGCGGCGGGACGAGAGGAAGAUCCAGAAGGAGAGGGAGGCAGAGGGCGAGGAGUUUGCAGACAAGGAGGCGUACGUCACUGCGGCCUACAGGCAGAAGCUCAAGGAGAGGGAGGAGGAGCAGGAGAAGGAGAAGAGGGAUGCUGCCAUGGAAGCUGCUUUGGAUGUAAAAAAGCAGAAAGACCUGAGUGGCUUUUACAGACAUCUGUUGAACCAGACGGUGGGAGAAGAGGCCAUACCGGACUCCACGGCAGACAGGCCUCAGAGCUCAGUGCCCCCCACAGAGCCGGACCCCCCCCCAGCCGCCCCGCUGUCCCCGUCCCGGGACAACGGCACCCUGCUGAACAGCGACAGCGAGGACGGGCAUGAGAGCAAGCCCGGCUUCAGCAAACCCGGCCACAGCUCUGGCCACGCCAAACGCCACUACCGGCAGAGGUCAGCGUCGCCCGGGGGGGAGCGGGCCCGGGACAAAGGGAAGGACAGGGACAGGCACAAGAAGAGCCAGCGGGACGGAGAGCGGGACAAGGACAGGGACAGGAGGAAGGAGAGGGACGGAGAGAGGGAGGACAGAACCAGGGGGAGGAGAGACGAUAAAGACAGGCGGAAGGAUCGAGCCGGAGAGCCAGAAAGAGACGGCGGACAACACAGGGGCAGAGAGGACAGAGGGAAGGAGGACCGGCAGGAAAGGAGGGAGAAGAGUCCCAAGGAGAGACGCAGAGAGGAGGAGGAGGAGGAGGAGGAGAAAAGGAGGGGGAAAAGGGGAAGCCCGCCGGAGCAGCAGAAGGAGGGGAAGGAGGGGAAGGAGAGGAUGAAAGACCCCGAGGCAGACAAAGCAAUCAAACCUGAACCAACAGAUAAGGAGGGCGGCGGGGAGGGGGAGACCCAGAGUGGGGGCGCGGGGAAACAGGGGGAGGACGGUGGCUCUCAGGGGGAGGAAAAAGCAAGUAAGUUUGCCAAGCGCAGCAGUGACCACACGGUGAGCUCAGCCCGAGACCGCUACCUGGCCAGGCAGAUGGCCCGCUCGGGCUCCAAGGCGUACAUCGAGAAGGAGGAGGACUGAGGGCGCUGGGCCUUGUUCUACUGCCGUGUGGAGCCAGAGGGGUCCUGGUCACGCUCUGUGAUGGGCUAAGGCUCCGUUCAAAUCUACAAGGGAAGGUGGUUAGGUGUAAUAAAGAGUGACUGUUGCAUCUAGGGACGAUACAUGUGUGUGCAGUAGUGUAAUUAAUCAAUUGAAUUAAUAAAACAAUACUUGUCCCAAAA